GUAGCAAAGCGGUCAGCAAACCCGUUUUUCGUUUCAUUCUUAUUAAUUUUAAUAGCGCGGGUUAUUUCCCACCGUUUGGCCCCACGUGUUUUCCUACGCCAGGGUUCGAACCUUCAGCCUAGCACUACUACAGCCAUCCUCGAUCUCCGACCGCCAUGGGCUCCGUGCUGCCCGCCCAGUCCCUCGCACUCAAGACCGCCUUCAAGCCGCAGCCUCUCUCGCUGGCGGACGUCAUCACCUCCGACAUCCUGCACAGUUUCCUUUACGGGAGGUGGAGGCACGUGCUCGGCGAGCACCACCACCUACUCGAGGACCGGAACGCCCCGAGCGCGAGCCCUAAGACGGCCUUCACGGCGGAGGUCCUGGCGCAGUCCUUCUCUGGAGAAGUGCAGAAGUUGUCCAGCCUUGUUCUUCCAACUGAAGUGAUAAUCGCCCAGAGUUCAGUUCCAGGCGAAGGCCUGGGGAUCUUCUCCAAGACCUGGAUCAAGGCUGGGACCGAGAUGGGUCCGUUCACAGGCCGCCUCAUCUCUCCGGAACAUGUGGACCUGUACAAGAACAACAACCUCAUGUGGGAGGUGUUCAACGAGGACGGCAGCGUGCGCUACUUCAUCGACGCCAGCCAGGAGGACCAGAGGAGCUGGAUGACCUACAUCAAGUGCGCCCGCAACGAGCAGGAGCAGAACCUAGAGGUGGUGCAGAUCGGCAGCAGCAUCUUCUACAAGGCUGUGGAGACCAUUCCACCAGACCAGGAGCUUCUGGUGUGGUACGGAAACUCCCAGAACACCUUCCUUGGAAUACCGGGUGUCCCAGGAGUAGAGGAGGAGCAGAGCAAGAAGAGCAAGACUGGCGUUGAACUCUUGUUUCUGAUUGGUCCAGACGAGUUCCACUCCUGCGACGGCUCCUCGUCCUCGUCCUCCUCGUCCUCCUCGUCGACGGCGGCGGCUGCGGCAGCAGCGGCCGCCAUGAUGACGGCGGGGCGCAUGCGCUGCGUCAUCUGCCACCGCGGUUUCAACUCCCGCAGCAACCUGCGCUCCCACAUGCGCAUCCACACGCUGGACAAGCCCUUCGUCUGCCGCUUCUGCAACCGCCGCUUCAGCCAGUCGUCCACCCUGCGCAACCACGUGCGCCUGCACACAGGCGAGCGGCCCUACAAGUGCCACGUGUGCCAGUCGGCCUACUCCCAGCUGGCGGGGCUGCGUGCGCACCAGAAGAGCGCCCGGCACCGGCCCAGCGGCAUCGCCAUGGCCGCCGGUGCCGGGGGCGGAGUGCAGGGCGCGCACUCGCCUCCCACUCCUCACCCGCCGCCGCAGAUGAGCGGCGUGCCUCACCCGGCCUCUCUCGUGCACCACAUGCCCAACAUGCCCACCAUGGUGCUGUAGGCGCGGCCGAGCAGA